UCCUACAUCUUACUAGGACCCCUGCCUCAUUCAGUGCCCAGGAUGAACCAGCUCUGAGAAUGAAUCAAGUGACCCAAGAUGUGGCUGACUGUAGUUGUGAUAUGUUUGAUCCAUGAAACUGUGUCAACGCAAGGACUUGUUGGCGAUAACACACCUUUUAAUCCUGAAACAUUUAUGAAUAUUAGUGAGAUUAUCACCUACUGGGGAUACCCCAGUGAAAAGUAUGAUGUUGUGACAGUGGAUGGCUAUAUACUUAGUGUUAACAGAAUACCCCAUGGAAAAGUACGUGCUGGCAACACAGGUCCAAAGCCUGUUGUGUUUCUGCAGCAUGGUUUACUUACAGAAGGCAGCACCUGGCUCACCAAUGUGGCUAAAAACAGCCUGGGCUUCAUUCUGGCAGAUGCAGGCUAUGAUGUUUGGAUAGGAAACAGCAGAGGGAACACCUGGUCUAGACGACAUGUAAACCUUUCAGUGCACCAAGAGAAAUUCUGGGCUUUCAGCUUUGAUGAAAUGGCUAAAUAUGACCUUCCAGCAGUGAUUGAUUUUAUUGUGCAGAAAACUGGACAAGAGCAGUUGUAUUAUGUUGGCCAUUCACAAGGCACCACUAUAGCUUUCAUAGCAUUUUCAACCAUGCCCCAGCUGGCUCGGAGAAUCAAAAUGUACUUUGCCUUAGCUCCUGUAGCCACAGUGAAAUAUGCCAAAUCCCCAUUGACAAAGCUUGCAUUACUUCCCAAUUCAAUUAUCAAGAUUUUAUUUGGGAAUAAAGAUUUCUUACCCCACAAUUACUUUGGUGAGGUGGUUCCUGUUGAAUUUUGUAGCCAUGAGAUAUUAUCAGAGAUUUGUGGUAAUAUCCUGUUCGUGCUGUGUGGAUUUAAUGAGAACAACUUAAAUAUGAGCCGAGUACAUGUGUAUACAGCACAUGCCCCAGCAGGAACAUCUGUACAAAAUAUGAUUCAUUGGAAACAGGCAAUUGAAACUGGUAAACUUAAAGCUUAUGACUGGGGAAUCCUGUUCAACCGUUUGCACUAUAAUCAGGAUACUCCUCCCUUAUACAAUGUGAAGCACAUGCAAGUCCCAACUGCAAUGUGGAGUGGUGGAAAUGACUUGCUCGCUGACCCUAGGGAUGUUGCCCUUUUGCGUCAACAAAUCACUAAUCUGGUUUACCACAAGGCGAUUCCUGAGUGGAACCAUCUGGAUUUCAUCUGGGGCCUCGAUGCACCUAAGCGCAUGUAUAAUGAAAUCCUCGACUUGAUGAGGAAAAACCCAUGAAAAUAAUGAUCCGUGAAAAUAAUGUGGCUGUAGGAUCAAGGAUUUGAUUAAUUUCUGUUUAUAUCUGUUUUUCUUGAUUUUUUUUUUUUUUUUUUUUAGUGAACUACAAAACUAUUUUCACAUAA